AUGGCUCCUCCCGCGAGGCUCAACAUACUUGUCUACACAGGCACCGGGACCAGCGCCGAGUCUGUCCGGCAGUGCAUGUAUUCGCUGCGCCGGCUGCUGUCGCCCAACUACGCCGUCAUCCCCGUCGCCGAGUCGGCGCUGCUCAAGGAGCCCUGGCCCUCGACCUGCGCCCUGCUCGUCAUCCCCGGCGGCGCCGACCUGGGCUACUGCCGCGUCUUCGACGGGCCCGGCAACCGCCGCAUCGCCGAGUACGUCCGUCGCGGCGGCGCGUACCUCGGCCUGUGCGCGGGCGGCUACUAUGGCAGCGCGCGCUGUGAGUUUGAGCUCGGCCGCACGCCGCUCGAGGUCAUCGGGAGCCGCGAGCUGGCCUUUUUCCCCGGCACCUGCAGGGGCGCUGCCUUUGCCGGCUUCGAGUACCACAGCGAAAAGGGCGCCCGGGCCGCCUCGCUGAGCGUCGUCACGGCCGCCUUCGAGGAGCGCGUGCCCGAGCAUUUCGUCUCCUACUUCAACGGCGGCGGCGUCUUUGUCGAUGCCCCCAAGCUCGGGGCCCGCAAGGUCGAGGUCCUGGCUUCCUACGACGACCACCUCGACGUCGACGGCGGAGACGCCAACGCCGCCGUCGUCCUAUGUCACGUUGGAGACGGAAAGGCGGUGUUGUGCGGGCCGCAUCCAGAGUUUGCCGCCACCAACCUCUAUCCCCAGCCAGAUGUGCCCGGCUACGACGACCUGGUCAAGAAGCUCGCCGCCGACAACCACGCCCGCGUGAGCUUCUUGAGGGCGUGCCUCGGCAGGCUGGGCUUGGAUGUGUGUCAGGAGGAGGCGAGCACCCCUCCCUUGUCCCGCCUGCAUCUCUCGGCCAUGGACAGCGCCAAGGUUUUGGACCUGCUCUGCGCCUGGGAGGAGGUCAUGGACAAGGAAGACGGGGCCGAGUGGAUCAGGGGGGAGGCAGAUAGCUUUCGGAUCCAGAGUCGAGACGGCAAGCUCGAGCUCGAGACGCUGCGCCAAUCGCUCCUUGAGACGGUGGAAGAGCCAGGCCUCAGAGACGAUGGACAUGUGGAUUUCGCCGCCGUCACCAAGACCAUUGUCGCCCACGAGAGCACGCUGCCGCCCCCGGACCUGACCCCGCACUUCAACCACGAGCUUUACUACACGAGUCUGAGGCGCUUUCAGACGAUGGAGGAGGAUGCCGUGGACUGGGGCAACGUCCUGCUCUACGGCGAAGUUGUCACGAGCACAAACUCUCUCCUCGACAAAAACCCCAAGCUCACGUCCAAGCUGCCCACGGGCUUCACCUUGUCGGCAUCCACGCAGCUGGCAGGGCGCGGGCGCGGGACCAACGCCUGGGUCGCGCCGCCCGGUGCCCUCAUGUUUUCCGUCGUCAUCAAUCACCCGGCCCACCUCGCCAUGUCUCGCCCCGUCAUCUUUAUCCAGUACGUCGCCGCCAUUGCCGUUGUCGAGGCCAUUCAGUCGCUCGGCCUGGGAUAUGAGAACUUGCCCGUCAAGCUCAAGUGGCCCAACGAUAUCUAUGCUCUCGACCCAACCAAGCCCGCUGCCUCCGCGCAGUAUGUCAAGAUUGGCGGCUUGCUCUCGCAAUGCGGUUACUGUGACGGUUCGUACCAAAUCGUCCUCGGCAUCGGCAUCAACGCCAUCAACCCGCGCCCGACAACCUCCCUCUCGGACCUUCUCCCCGCAAACGCCGCGCCCCUCCGCCUCGAGGUGCUCCUCGCCCGCAUCCUCACGCGCCUCGAGUCUGUCCACGCCCAGUUCCGCCGCCAGGGCUUCUCCCAGGACCUCGAGCGGCGCUACUACCGCCACUGGCUGCACACGGGCCAGGCCGUCUCCCUCGAGGCAGAGGGCGGGGUCAGGGCGCGCGUGCUCGGCAUCACCAAGGACUGGGGGAUGCUGCGCGUCGAGGAGACGGAUGCCGAGGGCAGGGGCACCGGCAAGAUGUGGACCCUGCAGAGUGAUGAGAAUAGCUUUGACUUUUGGAAGGGUUUGGUCCGGCGAAAGGAAUAG